AAGAAAAGCUCGGACGCUCUUGUGUUCGCCCGUGGCCGUCGAUCGUGUCACAUCGUGUCACACUGCGCUUGAUUGUGCGAGAGUGCUAAGUAGUUCGGGGAGAGAAGACGCCAUGGGGCUCGCGAGUGCGGCCGUCACCGCCGCCUGUCUCCUCCUGUUCCUGGCGACCGACGCCUCAGGGAGUAAAUGUACAGUCGGUUGCCAUGGAAUGCAUGGAGGUAAAGCCUACCAAGAGGGACACACAUACGUUUACGAUUUGGAGGGCACAUCCGUAACGUCAGUCCCCGAAGCUCAGAAUGAGGCUAGCUUGAAACUGAAAGGUACCGUUGAAUUGACCGUGAAGCCUGACUGCAUUCGGCAGAUCCGAUUGAAGGGCGUGCAAAUCAACGGAGCCCCGCUCUCGCUGCCAGAUGUGGAACAGUACGCGUUGCAAUUCAAUUACCAUGACGGCCACAUUGAUACAGAGGUGUGCGCCGAGGCCGGUGACUCGCAAGCGUCUCUCAACAUCAAGAGAGCAGUCAGUUCCUUGUUCCAGACGGCCGUCUUUCAAGAGUCUGGCUCUACGAGCCAUCACGAGGUCGACGUGUUCGGUGGCUGUCCAACCGACUUUACCUUCCACAAGGACGGUGACUCCUUGAUCGUGCAAAAGGAGAGGAAUCUGGCCCGCUGCAGCUAUCGCGAGCAUAUCCGGCAAGGUCCCGUGUCCGCGAUCUACGAUCUCAGUUCGGACAUUCAGUCUGCGCCGUUGCUGUCAUCACACCAAAAAAUCGAGCAACGCUUCAAACGCGGCAUUCUGAACAAGGCGAGCUCCGUCGAGACUUACCAGCUGAAACCGUUCAGCAACGGCAACAUCGGCGCGAAGACAGUGAUACAGACGACGCUGACGCUGAAGAGCGAGAAGGGCGACAAUCCGAAGGCCCCGGUCAGUCAGCCGAAGUCUCUGAUCUUCGAUGCACCACACCCCAUCAUCAAGUCGUCGGUCGAUAGCAUCGCCGCGGCCUUGAAGGCCGCCAGCGCCGAGGAGGUCGACACGAUACAGGAGCACGCCGCGGAGAAGUUUGCCGAGCUCAUCCGAGUGCUCAGUACCAGCAACAAGAACGACAUUCUCACGAUCUACCAGAAGGUGAGAAACGGCGCCGGCUUUGACAAAGUUCAGGACAAGAAGAUCUUAUUGGACGCACUCUUCCGCACCGGGACCGGUGAGGCCGCCGAGGUGGGCAUGGAUUUACUGAAAAGCCAUGAACUCAACGACAUGCAGACGCUCGUGUUCUACGCGAGUCUCGCCCUCGUCAAUCACGUGCAUUUGCCAUCGGUGACUGCGGUUACGUCCCUCUUGGAACAGCCGGAUUUGCCACGUCUCGGCUACCUCGGAGUUGGUCAGGUGAUUGGCAAGUAUUGUCAAGAGCAUACGUGUGAGAACGUGGCCGAGGUGAAGCAGGCGAUUCACAAGAUUCGCGAGAAGGUUGGCAACGGCAAGGCGAAAACGCGGGAACAGGAGAAUCUGGUAGUCUCGGCCUUGAAGGCCUUGGGCAAUACCAAAUAUCUCGACGACGCCACUCUCGUGAAACUGGCCAAUAUCGCCGAGGAUAAGAACGUUCGCAACCGCGUCAGGGUGGCCGCGAUUGAAACUCUGCCCACACGAUGCAGUAUGAAGUGGAAGAACACACUUCUCAAGGUCAUGGCUGAUCGCGACGAGGACAGCGAAAUCAGGAUCAAUGCGUACUUGUCUAUGGUCAGGUGCCCUUGUCAACACUUUGCUAGCGCUGUCAAGGACAUGCUGGAUAAGGAGGAAGUCAACCAAGUCGGCUCCUUCAUCCAGAGUCACCUGCGUAACUUGCGAGCCUCCGCCGAUCCGAACAAAGACGCGGCCAAGCACCAUCUCAGUAAGAUCAAAUCGCACAACAAAUUCCCAGAGGACUUCCGCAAGUUCUCCUUCAACAACGAGUUAUCGUACGAUAUGGACAACUUCGGAGUCGGUUCCGCCAUGGAGAGCAACGUUAUUUAUAGUCAGAACAGCUUCGUGCCGCGAUCAGUGAGUUUGAAUCUAACCACCGAGCUUUUCGGCCGAAGCUUCAACUUUUUGGAGAUAAAUACGCGUAUGGAGAAUCUCGACAGAUUGAUCGAGCACUACUUCGGGCCAAAAGGUCGCUUCAUGCAAGACGACGUAGACGAAAUGGUGGAGAAAGGUGUGCACGACACGACGAACGUCGUGAACUACAUCCAGGAGAAGACGAACAAGUUGCGCGGCAAACGUGAGAUUAAACAAGGCGAGCUCGACAAAUUCGCGAAGGGCGUGAAGUUAAGGAACAACGAGGUGGACCAACAGCUCGACCUAGACCUCUCCGUCAAACUGUUUGGUGUCGAGAUGUACUAUUUGACUCAGAACGGACACUCUGAGGAAUUUACAAUAAAUAAGAUCAUCGACAAGAUAUUCGAGAAGCUCGAUGUGGGAAUGAAUAAGUUGAAGAAAUUCGACGAAAAGUUGAAGCAUCACAUACAGCUUAUGGACACGGAGCUCGUCUAUCCAACGAAUCUCGGUGCACCUUUGACACUCAAUCUGCUCGGCACCAGCGUGAUGCUCUUCAAGCAAUACGGCAAUAUAGACAUCCCGGCAAUCAUGGAGAAUCCGAAUAAUGCCAACUUUAACUUCGGCUUCGAGCCGAGUGCCUCCGUGCGAGUGGCCGGCACUAUGGCGGUGAAAGCGUUCGACGUAGAGUCCGGCAUGAAGGUAGUCAGUACAAUGCACACUAACAUGGCGACUGAUUUCAAAGUGAAGAUAUUGGAUGGCAAAGGUAUCGACCUUGUCAUCGGUGCGCCUAAGCCUAAAGAGCAAAUUAUACUCGUAAGCAGCGAAAUUCUCAUGAGUUCCGGUCAAAAGGGCAAUGUAUACGAGGCUGCCAAGUUUAACAAGGGCAAGGUAUACGAAGACUGCUUCGAUCAAGCCGCCGGUAUUAUUGGUAUAUCUUUUUGCGGCCAUGUGGAAUUCCCGCAUGACAAUAUUGAAGCGAUGCAAAAGCGUGCUCUCUUCCCAUUAAAUGGUCCGGCUAAACUCAGCAUUACCAACAGCCAGGACUUCCGCUAUUAUCAUUUUAAGGUCUUUUAUGAUUGUAAGACACCCAAAACUCGGUCCUUUGAAUUAAUAAUGGAAACGCCUAACACCAAAACCAACAGACGCAUAUCUUUAACUGCCGAGGCUGGUCUAGAACCUAACAAGUACGCUAAAGUGACUUUAGAUUCUCCCUUCAAAAAGAUGUCCGCCGAGGCGGUGCUGAAAGAUACUUCCGAGGAGCAUUCGCUUAUGAUCAAAAUGAAUAAUGAUCAACAAGAAUAUUACGGUCGCGUCGGUCUCUUAGCCAGCGGUCCCAAAUACAAGCCUAUCUUAGAGUACAAGAUGCCGGAGCACAUCGAGAAACUGUCCGGAGUUAAAACAGCUGCUACUCAACAAUACAACGUCGACGGCUUCGUGGAGUUGGUCGAGCAAGACGGUGGCAAGAAGUAUAUGUUCGACAGAGUGGCCCUGAUGGCGAACGGUCACAAAAUCGUUGGCAUCAACGGCUACAUCCUGUCCACAAAGACAACCGGCGCUCUAGACAUGAGUGUCAGCUACGGUGAGGAGUCAGUCGCACUGAAGAUGGACGCUAAGAAACUCGGAGAACAGCACUUCUCGCUUGGUCUGUCGGCGGUACCGUCGAGAGAUCCCAAUAUUGGUUUCGAUCUCGAGUACGAAUACCGUGCAAAUCCAUACGAGAUGGAGAACAACCUGGUCUUCGUUCACGGGCCGGAUCUCAAGUCCGAAGUGAAUCGUCUCACUAUCAAAGAAUACAUAAUCUUCGAUGUCAAACAAAAGGACUUCGAGUUGGGAGGUUACAGCAAGAUUUCAUACCCGGCUUUGAAGUUGAUACUCGACGUGAACGGCAAGAUUAAGCCCAAUUCGAUCGAAAGUGACAUCGAUAUUACUUACGACAAGUUCAAGUUCGGUACGGAACUGUCGGCCAAGCGGAACAUGGUCAAUAUGGGUGAUUAUGAGGUCGAGUUCGAGGCUGAGUUGUUGCAAAAUAGCUUGAAGUUGGAAUCCAAGCGUACGAUUGUCGAUCCGCACAAGAGCAAAUACAAGAACUGCAUCGAGUUGAAGCCGGGCGGCAAGUACGAAUCCGAGGUGGUCGUUACAUGCAACAACAACGAGAACAAGGUGGAUUUCGAAGUGGACGGUAACCUGAAUCUGAAUGGCAAGAAAGUUAAGGCUGUCGCUGCAUUAGUCACUGAGCCGGCGAACAUCAAUUCCCGGGCGGUUAUUUCCCUCAACGACGUCAAAUAUGUGAACUUCCAACUAAAAUUACAAAAGGGCACAAACUCACAUGGCAAUUUGAUCUUGUUCUUGAAGAACUACCUGAACGUCGUAGGCGAGAUGUCAAUGCAGGGUGAUAAGGGUAACGCUCAUCUCGACAUCGAUCUACCAAAAAUCAACCGAAAGAUCAAAGGUACGGGAGAUCUUACCAUAGCUGGCACGGUGCACACCGGGCAUUUCGAACUAUUGCUUGAUGCGAAGGAUCCGAGCAAAGUCAUCAAAUUGUCCACCGUGACCGACCUAAAGAAGAAUACUAUUGAUUCAAAGAACAUGCUCGAUAUGUUGAAUCAUAAGAUCGAGCUGAAUGGCAAGGGCAAGUUCGAAGGCACACUUAAGGAGGGCGAACUGAUCGCUGACGUGGACAUCACCCUGCCAAACGGCCGUUACUUGGUCUAUAAGGUUAAGCGCACUUCCGACAAGAAGGAGGAUGACAAAUACGAUAUUCAUGUGAACAGCUUGUUCGAGGAUCACAAAACCAAAGGAGGCGAAAUGGCCAAGGUGACAUACGUCGCCGACGCCCAAGACGUAAACUUUGAGAAGUAUACUUACCGCGGCAAUGGCAAAAUGCAAAUUACUGAUUACAGUGGUAACACCAAGGAAUUGGAAUUUUAUUCCAAAAAUCUGCCUAACAUUGACGGCUAUAAGGAAUUGUAUGAAAUUAUGUUAAAAAUAACAGGUUCGCAUCCAUACAGUGUGGAAUAUAAGGCCAGCGAGCAUGAAAGCGGCGAGAUGUCGGAGUACGUUGCCGUUUCCUUGAGCAAGUUCCACUUAAAGAGUUCCGCCAACUAUGUACCCGGUGAUGAAAACGAAAAGCCUUGCAUAUUGAACGGCAACCUAGAAUUGGUACUGCCGUCCGAGAAAUUGCGUAACCUCAAACUAGAUUUCAAAUCCAGCCUGCUGAAUCAGCCUGAGAAACAUCACAUCGAUGCGAAAUUGGUCUCUGAUCUCACUUACAACGAUGACAAGUCUAUCAAGUUCGAGGGUUUCUCCAAGAGUAAUGGAAUCAGGGCUUCCGAUCAUCCCCACGACGGAGAACUGAAGAUCGUACUGACUAUCCACAAACAGCCGCCAAUCGUUAUUCACGAUACUUUCAGUUACGAGCCCAACGACGAGAAAAUGAAGAUAACCCGUAAAAUGAUUACCAAUUUUGACAACAAGGAGACAGUUAUCACUAUCGACUCCUUUAUAUGUAAUCGUGACUUUUCGUCCAUUCAUCUGAUCGGCAAGGCCACCACUCCGUAUGAGAACAUGCACAAUGUCGACUUCUCUCUGAACCACGAGAGAUCGAAAGAUGGAAGCUUUAGAAAGACCGACGCGGCCAUCACCGCCGACAAUACCAAGUACACGGCCAAGAGUGAGAUUCAAGACGGCAACAUAUCUCCCAUGAUCCAUAUUAUUUUGACAUGCCCGAAUGGAAAGACCGAAUUACUAUCCAAAUUCGAGAAACUCAGCGAACACGAAUAUACAGGUGAAUUGAAGAUCGACACACCGAAGGGCUUCGCUGUCGCAGACGGGCAUGCGAAAUUGGAUAGCAUUGACAAUUUCGACAUCAAUGUUAACUUCGACAGCGACAAAAUCAAGCACCGCAAGAUUAGCGCCAAAAUCGCUAACGGGGCUACUGCCAAGACCGGCAAGAGAAUCCUCAUCACCGUCAGCAGCGAUGGUAAAAACAUUGUAACCGGAAGCACGAGCUACAAACGACGCGACGAGGCCGGCAAGAUCAUCGUCGAAGGCAACGGCAAUCUGAAGAUAGGCGAGAACACGAGGAGCUCUUCCUUCAAGUACACCCAUCAGCGAUUGACUCGCGAGAAGGACGGUGAGGCUGGCGUGGUGAUGGUCCUCAACGCCAAAUUCGACCCGGUCGCGAUCGUGGGCGAUUUCAAGUUCUCGAACAAGGAAAUCCUCGUCUCCAACAGUUACUGCGAGCAGAGCAAGGACUGCGCUCACUUUAAACUCCAAUCGAGCUACGACACCGACCAUAAGAAUUAUCUGAAGCAUCAGCUAACGGUGGAAGUAGACCUGAAGAAAUUCAACGUGCCGGUGGAAUUUGGACUGAAGACGAACACAGAAUGCAAUGAGCAUUUGCUCGAUCAUUCCGUCAACUUGUAUCUGCAUUCGUCGAAAGACAAGUCUGAAUACACCUACCGCGUGUACGAUCAUCCUAAGGAAAGCGGUAUUGUUUUAACAUUGCCCACUCGUGAACUGGCUCUUAUUGCUGUAUAUGAUGUGCCGAAAACAAAACAAAGCGGAACGUACAAAAUGGAAAUAGCCCUUUAUAUGGACAGAAAGAACAAACCGACCGAAAAGACCGCUCUUAUCGCGACUGGUGAUGCCAACGUCGACCAGAAGAGCCUGUCCGUCAAUGGAGAGAUGAAAUUUGUGUACCCGUCACAACCGAAGGACAUGACGGUGAAGGGUAGGCUGCACCAUGGCGGCGAGCACUUGCUGGACGUAAACGUAGAUAUCGACGUGUUCAGCAAGAAAACGCAGAAAAUCACCAUAGUGGCGAAAGUGCACGAACAGCAAAUCGAUUCAGGCUACAAUAUUACCAGUUUAUUCGAGAUGACCAGCCGUGGGCAGCAUCUGAAAGUCGAUCUGAAGUCGCACGUGGCACUGACGAAAUACAAGGUCAGUUUCGGUAGUUUCUUAUCGUACCUGGACCGACAUCAGAAACCAAAGAGCGUGGGCGUCCUGUUCUUCGCGGAUUCCACGGAGUUAUAUCUUCUGGCGACCGCGCCCAACAAGGAGGUCAUCAGAGUCGACGCGAAACUCCAGUUACAGAAGGACUUGCAGAAGUUCGACGCCGAGGUUGCUGUAGCCGGUAACAAGCCUAUCGUGGUGAACUUCGAGGUGCACGAUCGGAAUACUUUCAAGUAUUUGGAGUAUCAGCAAGAUAAUCCCAACACGAAGAUAACCGCUGACGGACGCCUCGUGCUCGGACAGUUGGCCGAGAUUCACGCUAACUCUUUCAAGGAUGGUGAGAAGAAGGAACUGUUCCACGGAUUGAUCCAUCUCGACGAAGGAAAGUUCCUGAGGCCUGACUUCGGCUAUAACAAGGACAACAUUGCUUAUACAAUGGAACGUGUACGACACCAAAACGCCGAGAUGUUAAAUCACCUCAAGGCUAUUGGCGAUGAAAUCGACAAUGAAAUACAAGAAGAACUGAAAGACUUCACCAAACAGUUGAAGAACGCCAAACCGAACAUGGAUGGUCUUCGAGAUUAUUACAAACAGGAAUUGACUAAAUUACAGAACGAGCUCAACGCUGACCAGACCAUGAAAGACAUCCAGGCCGCCUUGGACAAGCACUUUGGAUCUAUCAUCUCCGCUGUAGCGGACAGAAUGAAGCAAAUAACCACACAAUUAGAGAAUCUGUGUAAGCAAUACCAGGACCUAAUUUCCAAGCUAAAAGAGGCGUUUGAGACUGUUUUCCCGCAAUUCAUGAAACUGUAUAAGGAAAUGGUCCAUGGUUUUGAGAAUAUUUUCGAGAGUACCGUCAAAAUCCUGAGCACCUAUCUUCAUGUAGUGCUCGAUAUGAUUAACGACUACCAGGAGGAAUUUAAAGAAUUAGCUAUUAUGAUGUCAGAGCUCCUGCAGGAUAUCGCCAAAAUCGUGUUUAAGGCCGUCAGCCAAAUCAAGAAGGACGUCGAUGAGUUUGUCGUAUUGCUGAUCGAUCAGGUAAAAGCGUUGCCGAUCUACGAGAUCGUUAAGGAAAAGUACCAGGAGAUCCUUAAAUUCCAAAUACCGGAAACCAUAAUGACCUCCAUCGAAGAUGUUUGCAACACCAUAAAGACUACGAUGCCGACCGACGAACUUCGGCAGCUGCUCGAUGCUAUUCAACAGUAUAUCUCAAAACACGCCAAGCGUGAAAAGGUUGAUGAUCCCGCUGAGGUCAGGAAAAUUUACAACCUCUUGGUCGACGCACUCCAAUCCAUCGUGAAACUUUUGGAAUCGGAAAUCCACACGAAUAAUCUGUACAACUUGCUGGAAACUGAAUUUCCCUUCAAUAUUGGCAUGAUGAAAUUGCCAGAGAUUACUGCGCUAAGAGUAUCUCUCCUCAAUCUGCUACGCAGCAACGAAUUACCAACGCUCAAAGAUAUAUAUUAUACGUACAGGCCCAACGUAAAUCCCGCAGACAUAAUACCUCCCUUCAGCAAGAUUGGAUUCGUUGUCGAUGGUGGGCACUUCUUCACCUUCGACGGUAAAUCCUUCAGCAUGCCCGGCGACUGCAGCUACAUUCUCGCCCAAGACAUGUUGGAUGGCAAUUUCUCUGUCGUAGCGAACUUUAACAAAGGCAAUCUGAUUAGCGUGACUGUUACGGAGCCUAAAGAGAGCAUCACGCUGAAGAACAAUGGCGACAUCUUGGUGAAUAACAAGCCAGCCGAAUAUCCAGCUAAAACGAAGAACCUGCACGCAUACAUUAUCCCGAUGGAGAUCGUUAAAAUCGAUUCUAAAUACGGGGUGCUUUUGACAUGCAAUUAUAAAAUGCCGAUGGCCUGUUCGCUCGUUGUGUCCGGCUUCUAUCACGGAAGAUUACGCGGUCUCCUCGGCGACGGUAACCACGAGUGCUACGACGACUACACGUUGCCGUCUGGAAAGAUCACCGAGAGCGAAACUGAAUUCGCCAACGGAUACAAACUGAAGUCGGACUGUGCGGCUGUGAACGCGAUCGAUCAUAAGACUCAGCAACGUAACCCAAUCUGUACGGAAUACUUUUCCGGAGAGAAGUCCACGCUAAAAAAUUGCUUCAAUUACCUCAAGCCAAAUGCUUAUCGAGAUGCUUGUGACAUCGCGGUCACGACGGAUCCUCAAGCUCCUUGUCUAAUCGCCACAAUUUACAACGCUGCUUGUUAUUAUAAGCGGGUCCGUAGAGUCAGCAUGCCGCCCACUUGCACGACUUGCAAAGUCGGCGAAAAUACGAUCAAGGCUGGUGUCAGCUUUAGUGUCAAGAUUCCAAAGGAUCAAGCCGACAUUAUCUUAGUAAUCGAACAAGUGACACCGAAUGAAAAAGUCUUCAAGGAUUUGGUUCCGACAUUGAUCACUGAUUUGAGAGAGGAACUGAAACAACAUGGUAUAACUGAUGUUCACAUCGGUUUGAUGGGAUACAACGAAAAUAUGGAACCGCAAUAUUACACCGUCAACGGCGACCUCAACAUUUCAGGCGAUGUGAAGAACAUGAAAUUCGAGAAACCAGAGCCCAUCAUCAGUUUGGAGGAAGCGAAAAAAAGCAGCUUGGAGCAGAAACUGAAGUACAUCGGCCAAAGGUUGGAUGUGGAAUUCGGCACACUCGCGUUGUCUGACGCCUACGCGGAAGCCAUCCGCUAUCCGUACAGACCUGGCGCGGCCAAGGCUGUCGUCGCAAUUGUCUCCACUCCGUGUGAGAAGAGCCCGUUACCGUUAUCUUUGCAGCAGCUGAGACUUUUAGAAGGACUGAAGAUGUAUCGAGAUCUGGGUCUAACCUAUUAUAACGUUUACUAUCCCGGCGACAUUCACGUUUCCGGCAAAACGCAGAAAAACAUCGUCGCUUACGACCAGGACAGCGUAUAUGUGUUAGCCGACAGUAAGAAGAAGCCGCUGACUGGAAACAGCGAGCUCAGAAAUAACAUGGUGAUUCCUACCGAGGAUGUAUGUGCCGACUUUGCUAUCAUGUCCGGCGGAGCGGCAUUCAGCUCCACGAACUUGUUAGACGCUAAACCAAAUCAGAAGAGACAGUUCGCCCAAGUUACCGCUAGAAGAAUUGCCGAGAGCCUCACGAGCGUCGAAAUCCAGCAGGAUUGCGUGUGUGAGCAGUCUUUCACUCCCUCUGGACAUUCUUGCUGUAAGAUUGUGGGCCGCAGGGAGAAGGAACAACUCGCGAAACACACGAAAGGAGGCGUGAAAGGAUGAGGAACUUCAGUACUGCGUAUAUUAUUACUAAGUAAUUUAGAUAUAAUGUAUUUGUUACUUCGUCAAAAUAUCACAAAAAUCUUUGGAUAGUGGCAAUAAGCGAUCUGAUCGUGUCGUUUGUAGUAUGCAGAUAUUUUUUAUUUUUUCUCCUUCUUCACAGUGAAAAGAACGUCGAACGCGAGAUCGCGUCUCGUCUGAUAAUUUCAUAUGUUCUAGAUGUAAUACGAGCGCAUGCAAAUUAAUGCAAUCCCGAUAACUUGGUGUAUACCAUUUAUCGAUAAUGCUUAUAAUGAUAUUAUGUUCAACGAACUUUUUGCAAGGAAAUAAACAUUGAAUUACCUACGUAA